AUGCGUCCAACACUUGCUCUAUCGCUCAUCCUGGGGCAAGCUUAUGCCCUCGACCGCACACUAGGUUUCAACGCAAAACCCACUGUGGAAAACCGCACACUCGACCAGAUUUAUGAAGCUGCGGUUGCAGAAGGUGGCGUUGUCACGUUGUGGCAUGGCGGCGACGAGAGAAACCAAAUGGAUUUCCUCAAGGAUGCUUUUGAGAAACGGUUUCCAAAAAUGAAGCUCAAUUUGACCGUGGAUCUCUCCAAAUAUCAUGACGGCAGAAUCGACCAGCAGCUCGCAGCCAAGAACGUCUUUGUGGACAGCGUCAUGCUGCAAACGGUUCACGAUUUCCCACGGUGGGCGAGAGAAGGCGCAUUGAUGAAUUAUGCGCCGCUGGGAUUUGAUCAAAUCCAUCCAGCUUUUAAGGACUCUGUCUCUGCGUCGUGGUACGGCGUAGAGUUGCUGUUCUGGCAAAAUGCGUGGAAUACAAAGAAGCUGCCAAAUGCAAACUUCAGCACAUUCGACUCGUUCCUCCGGCCUGAGUUUAAGAAUAAGCUUGUUUUGACGUAUCCUCAUGACGAUGAUGCGGUUCUGUUUGCCUUUGACCAGAUCAUGCAACAACAAGGAGAGGCCUGGUUUGACAAGCUACUGGCCCAGAAUCCCAAAUGGGUUCGUGGUACGGCAACUCCAUUCACUCUUAUUUCCCAGCCAAAUAGCACUGUAGCAGCGACCUUUACCACUGCAAUUGGGUUCACCAAUGUCACCGACAUUGCUACUGCCCUCCCUACUGACGGUUUGUUUGUCUCUUGGGCGCAGAGGGGAGGAAUCCUGAACGACGCGCCGCACCCCGAGGGUGCUAAGCUAUUACACUCCUUUAUGCUCUCCCCCGAGUUCCAGAAAGAGCUUGGUUGGAGUGUUCGUCAGGAUGUUGAGCCGCCUGCUGGCGUGCCUGACUUGAUGCGCAUGCCGAAUACAAACCCAGUGGCUUUUAAUACUUGGAUGGAAGACAGGCCCAAUGUGGAGAGGCUGAGAUUUUGGUUCGAGGAUCGCAUUGGUACUGCACAGGGGAAGAGCCCGUUGGUGGACGGUAUCUGA